GCAGGGGCCGUGCCGAGUGAGUGGCGCUGCGGGUGGGGCCGUCGGCGGCGCUGGUGAGAGAACGCCGAGCCGCCGCCGCCGCCGCCGAGCCCUUGUUCCCGCUGCGGGGAAGGAGCGUCUGGAGCCGACAAGAUGGCGGACGGGGAGCUGAACGUGGACAGCCUCAUCACCCGCCUGCUGGAGGUACGAGGAUGUCGUCCAGGAAAGAUUGUGCAGAUGACUGAAGCAGAAGUGCGGGGCCUUUGUAUCAAGUCUCGGGAGAUCUUCCUCAGCCAGCCUAUUCUCUUGGAAUUGGAAGCACCACUGAAAAUUUGUGGAGAUAUUCAUGGACAGUAUACAGAUUUACUGAGAUUAUUUGAAUAUGGAGGUUUCCCACCAGAAGCCAACUAUCUUUUCUUAGGAGAUUAUGUGGAUAGAGGAAAACAGUCUUUGGAAACCAUUUGUUUGCUAUUGGCUUACAAAAUCAAAUAUCCAGAGAACUUCUUUCUCUUAAGAGGAAACCAUGAGUGUGCUAGCAUCAAUCGCAUUUAUGGAUUCUAUGAUGAAUGCAAACGAAGGUUUAAUAUUAAAUUGUGGAAGACCUUCACUGAUUGUUUUAACUGUCUGCCUAUAGCUGCCAUUGUGGAUGAGAAGAUCUUCUGUUGUCAUGGAGGACUGUCACCAGACCUACAAUCUAUGGAGCAGAUUCGGAGAAUUAUGAGGCCCACUGAUGUCCCUGAUACAGGUUUGCUCUGUGAUUUACUGUGGUCUGACCCAGACAAGGACGUGCAAGGCUGGGGAGAAAAUGACCGUGGUGUUUCCUUCACUUUUGGCGCUGAUGUAGUCAGUAAAUUUCUGAAUCGUCAUGAUUUAGACUUGAUUUGUCGAGCUCAUCAGGUGGUAGAAGAUGGAUAUGAAUUUUUUGCUAAGCGACAAUUGGUAACCCUAUUUUCAGCCCCAAAUUACUGUGGCGAGUUUGAUAAUGCUGGUGGAAUGAUGAGUGUGGAUGAGACUUUGAUGUGUUCAUUUCAGAUAUUGAAACCUUCUGAAAAGAAAGCUAAAUACCAGUAUGGUGGACUGAAUUCUGGACGCCCUGUCACUCCACCUCGAACAGCUAAUCCACCGAAGAAAAGGUGAAGAAGGAAUUCUAUAAAGAAACCACCAGAUUUGUUAAGGACAUACUUCAUAAUAUAUAUAAGUGUGCACUGUAAAACCAUCCAGCCAUUUGACACCCUUUAUGAUGUCACACCUUUAACUUAAGGAGACGGGUAAAGGAUCUUAAAUUUUUUUCUAAUAGAAAGAUGUGCUACACUGUAUUGUAAUAAGUAUAUUCUGUUAUAUUCAACAAAGUUAAAUCCAAAUUCAAAAUUAUCCAUUCAAGUUACAUCUUCACGUAUCACAAUUUUUAAAGUUGAAAAGCAUCCCAGUUAAACUAGAUGUGAUAAUUAAACCAGAUGAAAGCAUGAUGAUCCAUCUGUGUAAUGUGGUUUUAGUGUUGCUUGGUUGUUUAAUUAUUUUGGGCUUGUUUUGUUUUGUUUUGUUUGUUUUUGCUAGAAUAAUGGCAAUAUUUUUUCCCUAAACAUUUUAAAAAGUGAAAUAUGGGAAGAGCUUUAAAGACAUUCACCAACUGUUACUUCUUUUGCUUAUCUACUUAUAUACCUGUUUGAUCUUAAGAAAAUUUAUUCCUCAUUACAUUAAAAAGGAAUUUUAGAGAGUGAUAGUUUUUAAAAAUAUGCAGACUGUCCAAUUCAUUGGUUUUAAUCAGUUUGACUGGGCAAACUUUACAGCUGAUAGUGAAUAUUUUGCUUUAUUCAGAAAUUGCCACUGAUUUGGAUUUGUGCACUCUAAUUUUUAACUUAUUAAUGCUCUAUUGUGCAGUAGCAUUUCAUUUAACUUUAAGGUAAGGCUCAUAUAGUAUUACCCAAAUAGUUGGUAAUGUGAUUAUGUGGUACCUUGGCUUUAGGUUUUAAUUCGCACGAAACACCUUUUGGCAUGCUUAACUUUCUGGUAACACCCUCACCUGCAUUGGUUUUGUUUUUUGGGAUUUUUGUUGUUGUUAUUGUUGUUGGUUUUGUUUUUAGAUCCACAAAACAUGAGAAUCCUUUUUUGACAAGCCUUGGAAAGCUGACACUAUCUCUUUUUUUCUCCCUUUAUACGAAGGAUGUAUUUAAUUGAAUGCUGGUCAGUGGGACAUUUUGUCAACUAUGGGUAUUGGGUGCUUAACUGUCUAAUAUUGCCAUGUGAAUGUUGUAUACGAUUGUAAGGCUUAUGUCACUAAAGAUUUUUAUUCUGAUUUUUCAUAAUCAAAGUUCAUAUGAUAUUGUAUAGAUAUGCUUUGUAGUGAACUAUAGUAGCAAUAAUUUCUGUAUGUGAUCAAGAGUUUAUUGCAGCAUUUCUUUUCCUGUUCUCUCUUUUUUUAAGGGUUAGCAUUAACAUGGCAAGGAAUAGAAAAGUCACCAUAAAGAUUUUAGAAGGAGAACUUACAGAGCACAGAUUUGUGAUUGUUUGGAUGUGACACUAUUGGAUGUGACUCUAAAAGCUUUUAUUGAGCAUUGUCAAAUUUGUAAGCUUCAUAGGGAUGGACAUCACAUUUAUAAUGCCCUUCUAUAUGUGCUACCAUAGAUGUGAAAUUCUUGACCUUAAUAUUGUCUUUGAAAAUGUUAAAUUGAGAAUUCUGUUAACUUACAGUUUAUGAAUUGGCGCAUUGUAUUACUGCAAGAAAUAUUUGAUUUUCAGCACAGUGCAAAGUUUCCUUAAACUGCAUAUGUCUUUUUUUUUUCUAAUUCUACUUUGUUUUAAAGCACAUUUUAAAUGUAGUUUUCUCAUUUAGUAAAAGUUGUCUAAUUGAUAUGAAGCCUGACUGAUUAUUUUAUUCCUUUUUUCUUCAGAGUGACACAUUUAAACAUACAUUUUAUUCAAAACAGCACUAUGUUUCUGACAUUAAAUUGAUUUCUUUUCUGAAAAUAGUCAUGAAUUGCUUAUGGUAUGCUAGAUUAGGACACACACACACUUUAUCAGUUUUGACUUGAACAGCUUGGUUGAAGUAUAAGUUGAGCAGUUUCUAAAUAGAAUUUUAGAUAGAUUCUUUUAGAAGUCAUAUUGAAACCUGUGGCGGGGAAAGGGCAGUCUUUAUUCAUCUCAGUAUUAGUUAAACCACAUUAAUCUGGAUUCUACUGAUUUUUUGGUCAGUAAGAAAUUAUUUAGAAAUUCAUCCAGAUAAAAGCCACAUAUGGGGGGGCCUGCGCCUGCAGUGCUGGCAUUCCAUGUGGCCGCCUUUUCGAAUCCCAGCUGCUCCACUUCCAAUCCAGCUUUCAGCUAUGGCCUGGGAAAGCAAUAGAAGAUGGCCCAAGUCCUUGGGCCCCUGCACCCACGUGGGAGACCAGGAAGAAGCUCUUGGCUCCUGGCUUCGGAUCGGUGCAAGUCCGGCCAUUGGCGGCCACCUGGGAAGUGAACCAUUGGAUAGAAGACCUCUCUUUCUCUCUCUCUCUCUCUCUCUCUGCCUCUGCCUCUGCCUCUGCCUCUCUAUAACCCUGCCUUUCAAAUAAAUAAAUAAAUCUUUAAAAAAAUCAAAUGUGGAAGAAAUCACUAAUUAGGGAAAUUAAUAUUAAUCAUUAAAGAAUGGAAAUUUACCAUAUUUUAAAAUUAUGUAGGAACUCUUUAAACCAUUUAACUGCUUAUAGUCAUAUGCAGGUAAUGUGUUCACUAAAUCUGUAUUUAUUGCUGCUAACAUUCAUUGUUUCUGCUUUGCCCAACAGCAGCCCCCCCCCCUUUUUUUCCCCUCCUUUUUUUUUUUUUUUUUUUUAUGAGAGGCAGAGAGGAAGAACUCCCAUCUGCUAGUUCACUCCUCAAAUGUCUGCAGCUUCUGGGACUAAGCCAAGGCCAAGCUGGGAACCAGAUCGCCUGUGUGACUGUAGGGAUCCAUUAGCUGGAGCCCCACUGUCUCCCUGGUCUGCACUGGCAGGAAGCUGGAAUAGGGCAGUCAAACCCAGGCACUGUGUUACAGGAUAUGCAUGCCUGAACUGCUGGCCUAAAUGUCCCCCCAAGGACCAGUUAUGAUCAUCAGCACAGGACUGGUUUGUACUUAGCACCUAACGAAGGACUCUGUAGCUAGCCACAUUGUCAUCUCCCUUGACUCUGAAGAGGACCUAAAUGUUCCUGAAGAUAGUUAUUUUAACUGGAAAAUGCCAGCAAGAAGAAUCUUAACAUAGGUAGAAUGCAGCCAUCCUUUGUACAUGAAAAUGGUCUUGUUACAGUUAGAAUAACAGAAAUGUGGAGAUUGCAUAAAAAAUUUUAAAAAGCCUAAUUUGAUACUGUGAAUUCUUUACUGAGAUCAGACAGGUCCAUGGAGGUGGUGACAAAGUGUUGUCAGAGCCCAAGGUUUUCCUCGAUUUUGAGACGCUUGACUAGAAGGGAGGAAUUGUUAAACUUGGUCUCGGGCUCCCUCCACACUUAACAGACUAGAGCUUGAGUGUGUGUUCAGAUGGUGCCUGCCCUACAGUGGUUCCACUUAGAAUUUCUCAGCUUUUCAGUGGUGCCAAAACUGUGUAUUCAGUGAAAACCAUACACUAGAUUUUGAAUUUGACUCUUUGUCACCAGCUAGCACAAUGCGGUCCAGUACAGGCGUGUUGCUAGGCAGCAGUCAGCUGGUCGUGAGGGAACCUGCUGAGACUGCACUGAACCAUCACUCAGCUAGGGUGCUCAUUAGAUUAGGUAUAUUUCAGUGCAUUUUCGGCUUAUGAUAUUUUCACUUUUGAGUGGGGUUGCUGGAGGAUGGGACCCCAUCGCAAGUUGAGGAGUAUCCAUUUUUCAGACAAGCAGCCGAGUCUCAGAUUUGCAGCAGAGCUUUCAGCCACUCCCAGCUGCAGACAGCCAGAACUUGUUCAUAAAAGGUCAGCGGCGAACCGAUCAGGCUGUCCAUUUGUCAGUCCUUAUGUCUGUCUGUAAAUCCUGCCUGAUCACUUUACUGAGUGGAGAUCUCUGAACCUUUACUGGUUCAGGGUGCUGCC